UAUCUCAUUUCGUUUUAAAAAUAGUAACUCCAAGUGUUUAAUAUGUGCCUAAUUAGUUACACUAUAUCUUAAUGAUUUAUAAAUAUUUGACAAGAUACUCCCAUAUAGCAAUGCCGCUCAAUUCCAUGUAUUUUCUUAAACUGUUUACGUCGACUGUUUGGUGGCUUCCUGCUUGUAAACAUCAGAAAAACAAGGAAACCAGAAAUUCGUUGUCUAAGAAACAGCCGAAACAAACUUUCCUCGGGAAACUCUCUUAACAUUAAAAAGUAGCUUUGCAUUUAUUUGUUUUCUUCAAACAAAAAUAGUUUGAUUUUUUCGCAAAUAUAUAAACACAAAUAUUUAUUAACUAAAAUGCUAAACGAAUCGGAAAUAUCUUUUGAAAAUGAUGAAAAUGAAAGGGAGUUUGUACCAUCCUUUGAGGCCAGUGAAAUCGUAAAAUUGAAGCAUUCCUUUGGCUAUGACUGCAAACGUCUAUACAAUAUGGUCCUGAUUGAAGAGGAUACAUUGGUCUUUGCUUCCGGCACAUAUAUUCAUUAUUUUAGUAUAUCACGGCGAGAAGUGACAUUUCGUGAGUCUGUGUUUGGUUGUGGUAUUGGCUUCAUAACGAAAAACUAUCAUCCGGAUUAUCCCCAGCUCUUGACAAUUGGUGAAAAUGGACCAAAUGCAACGGUAUUUAUUUAUGAUUAUCCCAAUGAACAGCCUAGACUUAAAUUGGAAGGAGCUGCCAAACAACAAUUUACAUGUGGCUCCUACAACUACAGCGGCGAGUUAUUUGCCUCACAGGCCGGUUAUCCGGAUUUUAUGUUAACUAUUUGGAAAUGGCAAAAGGCAGAAGUUAUUCUCCGAUCGAAGGCUUUUCAAAACGAUGUGCUUCAUGUGCAUUUCUCGCGCUUUAAUCCCAUUCUCUUGGUGUCCUGUGGUCUGAGUCACAUUAAGUUUUGGAAAAUGGCCAAUACCUUUACUGGCCUUAAGUUGCAGGGUGAUCUGGGUCGUUUUGGUAAAACCGAUUUCAGUGAUAUUUAUGCCGUUUACAUGUUGCCCGAUGAGAAUGUAAUCUCGAGUUGUGAGUGGGGCAAUAUGCUGUUGUGGGAAGCUGGCUUGAUAAAAUUCGAAAUUUGUCGCAAAGGCCGGCGACCGUGUCACAGCAAACCCAUUGUCAGAAUUACCAUGGAGAAUGGUGAAGUGACGACAGUGGGUAUGGACGGUUAUGUACGCAUAUGGUUUUGGGAAACUGUGGAUUUGGCUGAUCCACCGGAUGAUGAUCGCUUUGUCGAAAUUGAGCCGAUAUUUGAAUUUUACGUUGGCGAUUGUGAAAUCAGGAUGGUGCAGAAAAUAAAACUUUUUGAUGACGAUGAUUUCGGUUAUUAUGUGUUGGACGGCAAUGGUGGAAUUUGGUAUGGCGAUUUAAAUACCCGUGAUAUUCCCAAUGAAUCGUAUAAACUCUAUUCAUGCCAUGGCGGACGGGUAAUUGCAGCCCAAACCAGUCCAGUGUCGCCACACUUAAUGACAUUAGGCGAAGAUGGACGAAUUUUAGUCUACGAUUAUGAAAAUGAAAAGGUUAUUUUGGAAAAACAAUAUUCAGCCGUGGGUACAGAUCUUUUAUGGUUUGGCCCCAAAGUUUCGGAUUCUUGCAUGGAAUUGGUGGCAAGUUUUGAAGAUGGCAUUCUACGGCAAAUCUAUUUGGACUUAACGCAUCCCCACAAACCAAAUAUAUAUUUGAUACGACCAAUAAAAACCCACACAGCUGCCAUAACAAAAAUUACAAUAAAUCCCAUGAAUACAUUAUUGAUAACCGGAAGUGCAGAUCGUUCCAUCUUUCUGUAUAGUUUAAAGGAUAAGAACGAUGCCUAUAUGCACUUGCAGCCUUUGGGUUUUGUACAAUUUGAGGCAAUUCCCAACUGUUUCUAUUGGAAAGAUGAAGAGUCGACAAUUCUUGUUGGUUGUAAAAGUGGUGAGGUGUAUGAAUAUCGGCUGCCUUUGGAUGUCAGUGAGGAACAAGUAUUUCUCAGUUAUAAUCUGACCGAUAAGAGUGCUGUGAAAAGUGUUAAAUUCAAUUCCGUCAAAAGUCAAAUAAGGCGUGAACUGCGCAGAGAGGUAAUAAAAAGGCGUAAGGAGAAGAAGAGACAACGGAAAUUGGAUGAUAUUGAACGUUUAAAGGCUGCCAAUCCGGGCUUGCAAAUUGAUAUGGAAGCUGCCUUGGCUGAUUCUGAGCCCGAAGAGGAAGAAGAACCUCUGCACAUACCUGCCAUACCUAAUCCAAUAUUAUGGCUUAGAACAACACCAAAUGAUACCAUGUGGGUAUCUAUGGGGGGUUAUGAUGCCGGUUAUAUUUAUGAACUAGCCAUGGACACUGCCACAAAUCCCGUUCGCUCGACAAUUAUCAAAGACGGUGAUGACAUUGAGAUACACUCAGUUUUAGAUAUAGAACAAUAUUUACUUUUUGGCUUGGUUAAUGGCAAGAUACGCAUACAACUCACAAAUCCAACAGAUUUUACCGAUCUGCGUAAUUAUCGUACGGUCAACAUGCAUGAUCCUCUCAACGGGAAUAUAUCGCGUUUAUUACUCAGCCACGAUGGCCGUUACAUCUUUAGUGUGGGUUACGAUGGCAAUGUCUUUGUGUAUCAUUGGCUCGGACCGAAAAUCGAAGUUGAAAAGAAAUCUCUGUUAUUGAUGCCACGAAAAAUUAUACCCAGCGAAGAUAUAACCGAUCCCGACUACCCCUCAUUGGAGCAGGAGAAAAUCUAUGCCGAAAUAAAACGUCAAGAAGAAGCAGCUGCAGCCCAUGAAAGGCAAGUGCUGGACAGUAUUCUUAAUCUCCAAAGGAAAUUCAAUCAAUUCAUAGAAAAAAAUUCUAAUAUCGAUGAGGAGAUUCGUAUCCGACAUCGUGAUUUGCUGUUGGACGAACGUAUUACGAAUCAAAUACGUGAUGAAUUACAAGCUGAACUAGUUGAUGUGCGUGAAGACUUGGCAUAUGAUUUGGAGGUAGCUCAAGUUGGAAAGCGAAAGUUAUAUGAUUAUUUCAUCAAGAAUUUGGAUCAUAUACCCAUCAAGAUAACUGGUAUUGGAUCCAAUGAUGUAUUGUAUUCGUUUCGAAUGGAACGAUUGGAUGAUAACUUCGAAGCUAUUAAAGCUGAUAUCGAGGAACGAUUAAGACUGGAAGCUUUAAAGAGAAUAGGAAAUACUGUUGUGGAAUCCAUCAACAUCAGUCAAGAUCGCGCUCAAAUGACACUGGCCGAAGAUAAAGAUGACAGCAUGCCAGAACCACCCUUUGAAACGUUUUUCUUUGGACGAGAUCCUAAUACGAUUAUACCACGCUUCACUCGCAAAAUGUUAAGGCUUUUAAGACGCUAUCGGUCUCGUCAACUGUAUCAGGUUGAGCGUAGCUUCAAUUGGGAGAAAAUGCUCAAACACAAACCUGAUCCCAAUAAAAAUCACCCCGAUGAUGAUCGUAAGAUACAAGAAGCUGAACAAAACAUUGGUGAUUAUAAACUGAAAACUGGAGCUGAAUAUGAACCACAGCCGCAUGAAACUCUAACCUAUAAAUACAAGGAAAUCGUAACACUGCGGGAAAAACUAAAUAGUCUAGUUGAAAAUUUCAAUGAAAAUGUCUUUCAAUUGCGGAAGACCAAGAAAAAUUUGUAUCAACUCAUUGAGGAGAAGCGUAAACGUUUGGUAGAAAUUCAUCAGUUUUUACCGGAGAGUAAUCGAAAAUAUCUUAUGGACGUGCCUCCGCUCAAUAUGGACGAUGAAUGGCCGGAAUUGAAUUUAAUUGAACAUUGCCGGCCAGGAUGUAAUAUUGAUAUCCAAGAUAUUCUUUAUUUGGAAAACAAAGUAGAGGAUUUGUUGCCGAAGGUGCCGGAUCCUGAGAUCAAAGAGCAAAUCCCCCCAAACUCCUUACACGAAUUGGAAAAGUAUUUAGCUUUACAUAUUAAACAAGUCGAUAAUUUUCCGACGGGCACAGAACUUAUAUCGAAAUUGCGACAAUUACCACAUCAGUCGGAGGACACAUACUACACAGCCACGGAAGAUGGCCAACCCUCUCCGUGGCUAAUUGAAAUACGUUAUCGUUGGCUCUUGGAUUUACUGGUAGAACAGGAUGGCAUCAUACAUCAGGUGCACGAAAAAAUUCGUAUAUUUAAUGCACGUCUUCGUGAGUUAGAGGACCUUCGGCUCCAUACCAAAUUUGAAGCAGAAUUUAUGCAAAGCUAUUUAAUAGUUCUGAAUCAAGAACUUUAUAUUUUACGAGAUAGUGAACAAAUUGAAAAUGAGCUACUCAACAAUGCCGACGUAGCUAUGCAAACCCGGAAUGCCGCCCAAACUUCAAUUAACGUUUUGAAUCGUCAAAUAGACGAUUUGCGUAAAUCAUGCGAUCGAUAUAGUGAACAGAUAUCACAGAUUCAGGCGAAAUUUUUGAGCACCACAAAAGGCCAUAAAUUCUUUGAUUUUUUGCGACGAAUAUUCAAGAAGAAAUGGCGCCCAACGAAAUCGGCCAAGACGGGGGAUGAAUCAUCGGAAUCUUCAUCGGAUAGUGAGUCCUCUAGUGAAGAAGAAGAUGACACCAAGAGUAUCGAUUCAACCGAUAUGACAGCCAUUCGAUUGGAUGAAUCCCAUUGUCCAGCUGGAUUAGAGAGAAACAUGUACGAAAUGGCCUUCAAAAUGCGAGCUGAUCGUCAUGAAAUGGAGCGAUCUCAAAGCGAAGCUCUUAAACUAAUCGAAGUGAAGAAAGACGAAGUUAAGGAGGCCCAAAAGAAAAUGAAAUACCAUGAGAAUGUGUACACAUUGGAAAAUGAAAAAUUGCUGGAGUUCAGACGUAAACGUCAACAGGAAUUGAAUAAAGUCCAUGUAGCUGUCAUACUUCACAUGCAUCAAUUGCAGCAUUUUCGGGAGGGUGAAGACUAUCACGACCUAAGCAAGGCUGUUCUAUUCGAUUCAACGCUGCUCUUGGAUUUGCAGGGUCGUGUCGAUCAGCUAAAAGUGGAGACGUUGGAAACCAAACGUUUACAUCGCAUCAAUAUUGUCCAUUUGCGUCGCAUGAAUACAGAUUUGAAAUUCAUGCGAACCGAAAUAACACGGCUCGAGGAAUUAAUACGUCAGGAAAUGAUGAAAAAGUUCGGCAUGGUAAUCGAUUUGGAUGAACUGGAAGAAGAGGUGUUGAGAAAAUACGUAUUUGAAUUGGAGACAACGGCGGAGGAUGAACUGCAUUUGCUUGAAAUCGAAAUGAAAAAGAAAAGGAAGGAGCUGGCCAUGGCUCAGGAAGAACUUAUCAAGGAGACCCAAAUGCAUUGUGAUAAAUUGAACAUUCUGGCCAUUUUGACUGAAGAGAAAACCUAUCUAGAGCGCUUACUUUUAUGUCAGGAGAAAAACUAUCAGAAAUGGUCGAAGCCGCCAAGUUUAAGUGUGGACAAAGACAUUGAGAAACUCUCAGCCAUUGAGCGGGAACAAAAAGAACAAAUUAAAUUUUUGGAACGUGAAAUAUGUACAUUGCGCAUGAAGGCCAAACCCCUGCAAAUAGAUGGCGAAUUAGAUGAACAUGGCAUAUCGGCCCACCAGGAAAUGAUACCGACCGAUGAACCUCGUACUUGUCCAGAUAUUUUACAAAGCGAUGCCUACCAUGCACAUCGCUUGGUGCCAGAUGAUUUUAUAAUGGAUCGCUGCCAAAAAGUCGUCCAAAAGCUAUUCCUGCAACAUUUUGGGAAAAUGACAUCACGUGAAAAUAUUCGACGUUAUGCAUGUAAGGUCACCCGAUACUUGGGUCAGGCUGCAUAUAAUUUUGAAGGUUCCCUAACGGAGGAGAUUUUGAAUUGCAUUAUUGAAAAUCUACAAGAUAUCAUACCGAAAAAAUAUUUAGUGGUCUUAACACGAGACCAUUUGGAGAAAAUGUUCAAUGAAAUACUGGCCGUGUUCGAUUACGAACGUUCCGAUGUUAAUACCGAAGAUGUGGUGUCUGGAAUAUUUGAUAAUGCUCGAGAGGCUCUGAAUCAGGCUGGCACCAGCUCAACGGCUGUAAUGAAUAAAACACAAUUCGUGUUGGUGCAUAUGUUCAAGGAGCUCAUUGAAAUUUUACCUCUCGAAGAGUUUCAAAGCGACGAUACGGUGCGCUUCAUUGCUGACAAUUUGGAGAAAGAGGCAUUCUUUGAUGCUCGAUGUAUAAAUAUUGAAGGUCUGGUGGAGAAAGUUGUCGACUAUGCGAAGGCGAAUUUUUUGGAUGCCAUAACAGCAAUUCCCAUUCGAACUUUGGCAGUGCGAGUCCAAAAGGAAUGUACCAAACAUCGUCCACAUUAUGCCCUUAGUGUACGCUGCUCCAUUGGUUCGGUUCAAAGUGUUUCGGUGAAAUCCAAAGACCGUUUGCAGUGAUCUUAAGAAUGGUGAAUUUUGAAUUUUGUAACAAUGAUUAUAGCAAUACAGCAAUGAUUUUGAAAUUUAA